AUGCCCAACAUUACGAAGCUUAAAACUAUCAACGCUUGGAUUGAUGAGGGGGUUGGCAUCAUCCAAAUCAACUACCCCGAAAAGCGCAACACGCUUGGAUGGCAGGUUCACCACGACAUGCUGAAGGUGCUCGAUGAGUACAAGGAGGACAAGAGUGUUGCUUGUGUGCUCUUCUACGGAAACGAGAAGUAUUUCAGCUCUGGCUGGGCGCUCGACGUUCUCGAAAGCACCGGCGGCGAGAGCAGACAAGCCUUCUCGGAUAUUGCUCUCCGGCUCAUGAUCACCAUCUACGAUUACAACAAACCAACCAUUGCCGCUGUGGCAGGCAUGUGCCCCGGUUAUGGCAUGGAUGUUGCCAACAUGACGGACAUCACCAUCGCUUCUCGGAACGCAGCCUUUGCCGCAAGUCAAGUCAAGUACGGACUCAACCCAAUGACUCAUCCACUAUUUCGCAAGAUGAAUUUCCAACGCGCGAAGCGCCUUCUCUUUACUGGAGAUCCUAUGGGUGCCGAAGAAGCAUAUCGGACGGGCCUGGUGGACCAGUUGACUGAAGAGGGGAAACUGUUUGAAAAGUCACUGGAACUGGCCAAGCAGAUCGCUGAGCGUGGUUCUGAGCUUGCUAUCAACUUGAAAGAGAUGGCCUUGCGGGUACCGAAUAUGGACCACGUCGGUGCUACUUAUUAUGAGACGCGGUUCACGAACGAUUUGCUUGCCCGUCCACUUUUCGCCAAAUUGGCUGCUGAGGGCCUCCAAAGGAUCAAAGAGAAGCGACCUAAGGCAACCGAGAGGCUAGGCAAGCUGUGA